UUCCUGUUGGCCUGGCAGAUGGGCGGGAACCACAGCUGUGUGUCACUCUACAAAUAUCACUUCCCUGUGAGUUCACUUAAGAACUCUGGCUUACAACUCUUGAGGAACCGCACUCAUUUUUCAAUGGUUGAUCACUUCUAGAAAGCAAUUCAAGGUCCUGACCUAUCUCUUUCAGUUUCUAUGCAGUGAGAGCCAUGCUGUAUAUAGAGUUGAUCAGACUGUGGGAUGAGGCUGUGCGGGCAAUAGACAGCCGGGACUGGCAGGGUGCUCUCACUAAACUCAACCAGAUCACGGAGCACAACUGUCGCACUAUGUUUGUGGUUGCUUCGACACACAUUGCCCUAGGUCAAGUGGACUUGGCCAUCAAGGCUCUCGACCAGGUAAUCGCAAAAGAUUCGUGUCUUGCUGUGGGAUUUUUUCAGAGGUCUGCUGUUCAUAUGAUGGCGAACAGGCUGGAGGAGGCCUUGGGUGAUUGUAUAUGGGCUCAGAAAUACAUGAGGGAAAAUCCUGUUAUUGACUACAAACAGCUGGGUCUUCGUUAUAAAAUGUACAGCUGGCAGGUCCUUUAUAACGCAGCUGCUGUCCACUCUAGACUGCAACAAUGGGACAAAGCCAGAGAAAUUUUGACGGCGGCCUCACAGGAGAGAGGAGCAGGUCGGAGCAACCUGAUAGACACAGCUCUAGAGGCUAUUUCUAGGAGAGAGGUUUUGGAGCCUCUCCUGGUUCCUGAGGGUGAAGUCUUCCGUCCCAGGAAACAGGAGGUAGACCAGCUUAAACCGAGGGACUUCUUGGGUGAAGCUAAGGUCAUCACUUCUUUGAUUCCAAAUGAUGACUUCAGAGGCUUUGAUCCUCUCAGGCCACAGAAACCCGGUUACUAUGAGCCAAAGGUAGAAGAUGGCCAGGACUCUCGUUACAUGAUAAUGAAGAGCGCACAUGUGGCAAAAGGGGCAGGGGAGCUAUCAGUGCCUGCAGGAGCAAAAGUGUUUUUGUACAGUGAUGAUGACCAGGACGGACUGGCAGUACUCAUUUAUGAUGGAAAGAGAGGUCUGGUUCCAAGUUUCCUGCUUGAACCGAUGGGCAAGAAAAACAAGGGGAAAAACAAGCGAAUUGAACUCGCCAAUGGUAUCCCACAUCCACCAGCUCUAUCUCCCCCAAAUCGACCCCAAGGUCCAUCUCAAUGGUCAUUAGAGUUGCACCCCUCGAAUGCCGGCACUACCCACACAACUCCUCCUACAACCGGCAACUCCACCCGCAUCCCUACACACAAGGCCCAAACUUCACCUCAGGAGCCUGGAUCAGCCGUAGUCAAGGUACACUAUACAUACACCAUUGCUCUGAGAGUCCCUUUAGAAACUUCUUUCAGGGAUCUGCAAGACAAAAUUGCUCAGAAAUUAGGACAGCCUGCAAUGAACGUUCGCCUCAGACACAGAAGGAAUGACACCAGAGCACUAACUCCAUUAAAUGGUGAUGAUAGACUGGAUAGCAUGGAGGGUGUGGCUGAAUACGGACGUGCCCAAAUUUGGUGUCAGAAUGAGGACCCUCUGGUGAACAGGACUAUUCUCUAUCAGAUGGUGGCACUGUAUGACUACAAUGCACAAGGCCCAGAGGAUUUGGAAUUCAGUGAAGGUGACACAAUUGACAUUCUCAGUGAAGUGAAUGAUGAAUGGUUAGAAGGGCAUGUUGCUGGAAGUAUCGGUAUCUUCCCUCGAAGUUUUGCUCAUCAUGAUACAGACAGCAUCAGUUGGGCAUCGACAGACUGACACUCUAAACCUCUAAACAUCUACAGUGACUGUACUAGCCUUGAGUGAAUAAGAACAUUUCCAUGGACAUCGGCAGUCUUGAGGGGUCCAUCGGUUAAAAAAAAUUCCGCAUGCCAAUAUGUGACUUCACCUAUCUGCUGUUUCAAUGAACAUACACAAUAUCUUUUGAGCAUAACUUUUGAAAGAUGAAAUCAAAAUAAUUCCACCCCUCCAUAUUGUUUUUUUUUUCCAGUUCCAAAGGUGUUUAAAAAUUAUUUUCCAUAAUCACAUUUUCCUUGAUAUAUUUUUCAAUUUACCUAAAGAGAUUACAGCUAUCUUUAAUGAUUUUAACUGGAAAACAAUAUAAUUUGGGAUGUCUAAAAUAUAUUUUGUAUAUUGGUACUUGAACAUCUGAAUUCUAUGUACAUUAGGUGCUGACUUGGAAACUCCUGGCUCACUUUACAGAGUGAAUUCAUUGAAAAUUAAUAGAAAAGGGAGAAUUUCAGCUUUAGUUUACAUCAUUGCAUACCAGCUCUUCUUAACCUGCAGCUAACAUGCUUAUCAAUCAUAUAGAAACUAAGGAUGAUUUAACUUGCAUCAUACCCAUACAACACACACCGCUGGCAGAUUUUAUUUCCAACUUGGGCAGAUGUCAUAAAAUGGCUUUUAAAUCACCCUUGUCCUGUAGUGAGAGCUGAACACACCUCAGCGAGGUAUCCGUAAUGCAGUGUUUAAUGGCGAGGUGUGCUCUUUCAGACUGGGGCAUGGCACUGCAGCAUACAAUCUCUCUGCUCUUUUAUAUUGCUGUAAUUAUGUGGUUGGCAGAGCCCAGCAUGAUGCACAUUUCCCACAAUUCCCAUUGAACAUUAUGCUAUUAAUCAAAGCCGUACCGCAUUCUGAUCCAACGUUUACCGAUCAGUUCUUCCCCUCUUACCUUCUGUCCCUGGUUUUAUUUGUUAAAGAGUAAAAUUUUGUGUUGUGUUUAUGAGCUGUUGUAAAUGGUGUUGUAUAACUGUCGGGGAGUUAAACAGUUUAACAUGUUUCAGCGUCGAAACAACCUUCUUUCAUUUUUUUAGGAGAUGUAAGUGAAUGUAUUUGUGUAGCACAGCCAAUGGCUGCAAUUUAAUGGCCUUGACUGCACAACCCAUCAUAAAAGUUAGUUGUUUAUUCAGUACAUGACUUGCUCUGUACUCAAAAGAUAAUGUGGGACUCUUUUUCCAGAAAGCAGAGCUGCUGCAGGGGGGAAUCUGGAGUCUCAAUUUUAAGCCAAGAGAACAGAAAUUACUCAAAUUAGGUUAAACCAACCCAACCACACAGCUUUAUUAAAUCUCUCUCACAAAUACACAUACACGUAGGGAGAAAGAAAGGACAAGGGAAGAUAUUUGGUAUUUCGACAUUUGUGUGUUGUGUCUUUGGUAUUACUGAGUCAUUUAUGCGUGUAUUCACUUCUACAGUGCAUAAAGAUCAAUGAGCAUC